AUGAAGAUAUUGAUUUUCCUAAUUUUCCUCGCUUUCAAAGUUGGCCUAACUUACUCGAAACCUGAGAGAACUUGCUUUGAAGAUAACGAAUUUUGUGGAGCUGAAUUGGAAAUUCGAAAAAAAUGGGUGAAUUGGAGGAACUCGCCGAAUUCCACUGGAAAAUUGGAUAUUCUAGCACCCGAUUUUAUUUUUAUGAAAAUCGAUUCAGUGGAUGAAUUGGAGCGGACAAGUGAUAAAAAUUCGUUUUUGAGAAGAUUCCGGAGACCAAUGUAUACUGUUGUCUUGAAAAAUGUGAAAUUUGGAGUUGCGCGAAAUCCAGACGAUGGCAAUCAAACUUUGGCAAUUGUUGAGGAAAUUCAAAACAAAUUGAGUUUUGAAUAUUUGUAUUUGAUGGUAAGAAAAAGAGAAGAAUCGGGAGAAUUUGCGAUUUCGGAGGCGGUUUGGGAUAUUGAUGGGGAAUUGGAUUUGGAUAAAUUCAGAUAUUUUAAGUUGAAGUGA